GCCGAAGGAGGCGCGGUCUCCUGAACUCAUGGCGGCGCUGGCGCGGAUGCCUUCUGCGUUCCUGCAGUUGCAGGGUCGCCAGCUCUGGCGUGUGUUCCCUCGCGGCCAUGGGCUCUGGAGUCCGGCGGAGAGGCCGAGGCCAAGGGAGGCGCGCUGCCGCCUGGGGUGCCGAGCCUUCAGCGCCGCGCCGCCACCGCCGGGGGCCACCGGGCCGGAGCCCAAGGGUGGCCAAACCGGCUCGCACCGCACCAAGCCCGGGCCUGUUUCUUGGAAGUCUUUAGCUUUGACUUUUGCUAUUGGAGGAUCUUUAUGGGCUGGAAUGAAAUACUACAAGAAAGAAAAGAUGGAAAAGCUGGAGAAGCAACGGCAUCGCAGCAUUGGAAAGCCUUUACUAGGGGGACCAUUUUCCCUCAUAACUCAUGAUGGAGUGCCCAAAACUGACAAGGACUACCUGGGUCAAUGGGUAUUGAUAUAUUUUGGCUUCACUCAUUGCCCCGAUAUCUGUCCAGAAGAACUAGAAAAAAUGAUUGAAGUCGUGGAUGAAAUAGAUAGUAUUCCAUCCCUGCCAAAUAUAACUCCACUUUUCAUCACCAUUGACCCAGAAAGGGACACAAAAGAAGCCAUCGCGACUUAUGUAAAAGAAUUUUCUCCAAAAUUGGUUGGUCUGACUGGCACAAAAGAAGAGAUUGAUGGAGUGGCCAGAGCAUACAGGGUGUAUUACAGCCCUGGCCCUAAGGAUGAAGAUGAAGACUACAUAGUGGAUCAUACAAUAAUAAUGUACUUGGUUGGACCAGAUGGAGAAUUUCUCGAUUAUUUUGGCCAAAACAAGAAGAAGGCAGAAAUAGCUGGUGCCAUUGCUGCACACAUGAGGUCACACAUGAAAAAGAGGUAGCCAGAGUGUCAUCACCGGCUGUGGGAUUGUUUGGCUGGGCUUUGUCUCCGAGAGGAACCUCUGUGUAAUGCUGUGUACAGCGUGGCCUGCAAACCCUGAGAACAAGAUUCUACACGAGAUGCUUCCCUGGGGCUCAGCCAGCCCAGUCUGCCUCAAUGCUGCCAUGAGUCCAAAGGGCCGGGGUACGCAGAGCCAGUGGAGAACAGGUCUCCAGAACCCUCAGAGAGAGGCACAGGAGCACACAUCCUUAAGAACGGCACUCGCCUUGUUGCCUCACUAGUGUCUAGGACCUUGCUCAUUGUGGGGCCAGACUCUACAGAAAAGAGUGUCAUUUUCAUAAGGCUCUUGCUUUUUCCACUUGUGUCUUUGUUUGCUCAUAGUCGGGAUAGGCAUUCAAGUUAUCUUUAUAUUUGAAAGUAGAAGAUGGUCCUUCCCAUCUUCUACUGGAAGGUCAUUGGCAGGUUUGCAUUUCACUUCCUCAUUGGGUACUGCACUGACAAUUGAAAGAGAAAACUUACUGUUUGCGUAUAACUGUUGGUUCAGUUCCAGCUUAGCUGGUUUUCAAUGAUUGACCAAAUGGAAAUGAGGAUAUUAAUCAGGACUGUGAUGUGGUUUUUUGUUUUGUUUUGUUUUGUUUUUUUAUGUACCAGAUCACACAGUAUAUAAAAUAAAGAUGCAAUCAGUUUAGCAACUUG